AUAGUUUACAUUGACUUUAAGAAUCAGACAAGUGAAACUAUCUCUCUACUGAAUUUUGUUCAUAAAAGUGUUUUAAAAAGUUUAGAUUAUUUUCAUGCCAUAUUGACGUGAAAUAUGACUUCUUACAGAUGUUUUUUUCUAGGGACGAUUUGUGUAGGAUUUAUAGUUGCUUAUGGAAUCUUUUUCGAUUUAACGAAGCCAAAGGUUGAUAUCGACUUAAAUACAUCAAAUAUUUUCAAAGAGAGACAAAGUCAAAAGAUUUCUGCUUCUACGAUGCCAGCAGUUGUGAAGGUUUCUGGAACAAAGGCUUACCUUCUAUCUGCAGUUUCCAAGUCAGUGUUAAACGAAAAUAAUAGAGAAGGUCUAAAACGAGUCACAAAUGAUAUUGUUGUAACAGGAUGGUAUGCACCUGUAAAGAGUAAACCUAGGUACGGACCACUUUCUUGUUGUUUUUAUCACGAGAAUGGUGGCAUUUCGUCAGGACCAGCAGAACGUCGGAAAAGAUUUAAGGAAUCCAAAAAGGAUUUGUUCGAUGUUUUACAGUGCGUGUGUCCUAUUCAGGCCUCCAAUAAGGGCCCUGUGUCAAAAGUUUCGAUUGUUGAGGUCGAUGAUGUGUGUAAUUACAAUACUAGUCACUACAUAGAUGCGGAAGGUAUUCAAAAACGUAGAAUAAAUGGGAUAGCACUAUGUGCGAAAAUCAUGUAUGGAACAUUAGAUGCUAGAUAUUUAAUAGAGUGGUUUGAAGCUCAGCGGCUGCUGGGGAUAAAUAAGAUUUUCUGUUAUAUACACCACGACUUGAACAAAGAAGCUAAGAAAGUCGUGAAGUAUUACCAGAAACAGAAAUUUGCGAAAGCUAUUCCUUUCGAUGUUCCGGAAAACGACACGUACCCUCGUAAUCUUUGGAUAGGAUAUGAUCGUGCAUAGACGGACAAAGGCGUGUCCAUUCUCGACUGUCAAGAACGGAUGAGUGUUUACAAAUAUGCUGUCUACCUCGACGUCGAUGAGAUUCUAAUACCAGAAAAUACGAAAUUGAGGGGUUCUAUAAAGAGAUAUAUUCCAGCAAUUUUAGAGUCUAGCAGCAGAUUGGCUGGAGUGCACUUCAAAACAGUAAUACAUAUAAAGUCUUGGGAUGAAACCGAUCCAACUCAUCCUUUGUUCAUUGGAAGACAUGCUAACAGUACCCUCCCAAUGUGGGACAGGUCGAAAUUAGCCUUCAGACCAGACAGAAUUAUUCCUGCUUCGUGUAAGGCACAUAAUUGCCAUACAAAGCCUGGAUAUGUAUCCAAGCGUUUAUCGGAUGAGACGGCUGUUAUCCACCAUUUUCGGUCUUGUCUACCCGCAUGGGAAAGACUUGCAGGAAAAAAGACAAUUGAAGGGAAAGGAAAGAAGUUAAAUUUCAGUCGUUCAAAGGAAAAUUUAUCUUGUAGUUUUAAAAGGCACAGAUCAAAAGCAAUAGCGGAUCUAGCGCAAAAAUUAAAAGAUGAUGUAGUGAAGGUCCGUUCUUAUUUGAACAUCAAUUAGUGAAAAGGCGAGAUUAUCACGCAAACAAACAUUUUUCAUCAUUCGAAUGCGUUUUAGAGGUUCAUCAAUAAGACAGUCUGGUUAUUAUAAUAUAUACAUGAUUGCAUUUCUUUAAAUAUAUCGGAGUCAAAAUGAAUUCGGUGGACAAAAAAAAAAAAAAAAAAAGACGCUGGAAAAAUAAACCCGCUGUAAAUGGGUAGGUAAAGAUUUUUAUUUAUUUCAGUUGAUAUAAAGCCAAUCUUUACAAUUCAACUCGGCAGUUUUGUUAAGGAGGUAGGUUACCUUCGUAUUUGUAUGUGCGCAUGUCCAACCGGAAGCCAACGUGACGAUUUACGACGACGUUUACGACAACUAAAUGUGUUUGUAUAUUCAUUCUUCUGAAAACAAUUCAUGGACCUGUCUUCGAUCUGAUGCUUUAUGGUUUAAUAAUGCAGAAAUAAUAAAUAAAUUGCCGCAGAAACGCUUCAAAACAAUGUUGCCUUAAAAUGACGUCAUUGGCGUCAUGACGUUACCUGUCAGUUACCGCGCAAAAUUAAUAGUUUUUAUCUUGAAAGUAUAAAUCUGUGCAUUUUUUUUAUUUUAACUAUUUUCAAAUAACCAUUAUUUGCUGAAAUAUUUUUUAUGAGUCUUUUGCUCUGAUUAAAAAUCUAUAUUUUGCUUCUUUUAUGUAGUUAUAUUGAAAUGUUAUGCGGAAUGUAAGAAAAUGGAUGAUGGUAACCAAUGUUAUUUGGAAAAUAGUUGGGUGAAAGGUUACUUGUUACGGCCAUUUUCAAAUAAAAAAUCUAGCAGUUUGAUUUGUAAUACCUAUUUUUCAGGUUUCGUUGAUAAUUUGUUACUUAAUAUAUACUAAAACUAAGAUCUAAAAUUGUUCAAAGUUCGGUAGAAAAUUAUGGUUCUUGAAUUAAAUUGAUGUUACCAUGGAAAUAAAGCCCGUGACCUAUGUAUCUAAAUGUAAAAUUCAAAAGCGUUGACACUGGUCUAUUUAAGAAACAGGGCUUCGGCUUUUUAUUUUCAUUUCAACAAUAUCCAUGAGAAUAAUAGCAGCAUGCUGAACGAUUCUCCAUGAAAAAUGCCAGACGAGGGGUACUGCUGUAAGUAUUCUAAGCUGUGAAAUUUGUUUGAAUAAAUGCAAAUAACACGAAAAUAUAACUUACGUUAGAAAUAAUAUGUUUUAUAGCUACAUUAACUAGAAAGAUAAUCUUAUUCAAUAUUUUUUUAUAAGAAAUUACGACAAAACGCAAGAUAUAAGCUAUUUUAAACAUCUCUGUUGCCAUGGUUACUUUAAACUUUAAGAAAAAUAGGGUACCAUGUAAAGUGCUUGGUAUUUUGCUAAUAAUAUUACCCAAAUAUUCGAUGUUGGUCAUUAACAGAAUGGCACUGAAGCCGUCGAAAAACCAUAUUUUUAUACAUAGUUGUUUAAAAAUGAGAGAAAAUGCGUUACCAUGGAAACACGAGCCCCGCGACAUAUACAUUUUAAGCUUUUAUUAGAAAGAUAACGUGCACACUAGUAAAAUUAUCAAUUAUGCAGACUUCUACGGAUAUCAAUGAAACUAAAGUACACUGAAAAGUGUUAAAUAUCCGUAUUUUCCUUCUUCUUUCAAUAUGAAAUACUUUUGGAGGGUCAUGUUCUUCAAACCUGGAUAAAAAUUAAACUUGAAGGGACAGAGACAAACGAAAUUGAGAUUGUAGCAGUUAAAACUUCAUAUUACACGAAAUACAAAAAAGUGCCACGGUUCAACUAAUUUGAAUUUACCCUUGUAACAAGGUAACCUACCUCCUUAAGGAAUAGACAUGACUUACAUUUCCAAUUUCUGGUCAGAAAACUAUUGUUAAAUUUACAUAAAUUCCCUAACAAUUUCUUCAUUUAAAAUAAUCUGACAAAAUUCCAAAGUUUUACGCAAAGAUCUUUGUUAGUGAACAAUCUGUGAAUACUUUAAUCAUUUGGUCUAACAGAUGUAUAUUUUUGGAGCAUCUGUGUGACAUUUCAAGGUUCUACGUUCUUUCUGAGAAAAAAAAUAUUACCCAUUAAACAUGUACAGCUAAAAAAAAUAUGACUGUCGAACAUGUCGCUGAACCUAGCUUUUGACUUUUAUGGACUAUCCAUUACACCCCAGUUACACACAACCAUCGGUGAUUGAUCGGGGUUUUUUUAGGAGUGAACCGAUGACAACGUAUUUAACAUCGAUAUCACCUAUUGGUCACCUGUUUUCCACCUAUCAACUGCUAUUGGGAAAAGAUAAGUUAUAUCGGUGAAAAAAUACCGAUUGGAAUUUUUAAACAUGUUUAAAAUUCUCGAUCGGUGAAAUUAUUUUACAAAUUGCCGAUUGACAACCUGUCUACAACCGAUAUCACCGAUGAGCCACCGAUAGGCAACCGAUCAACAAAUACUUACCACCGAUAGAAGAAAGAUGAAAAUCAAAAUGCGACAUUUCGUCGGUUUUGAUCGGUGGUUAAUAGGGAUUCAAUCUGUGAUCAAUCGAUUGCCGCCAUCGUGUCAUCGGUGGGUUUAAUUUGUAAGUGGCCAGUCGGUAUUCAUACGUACUCAUCGGCUGUUAUAUAGGCCGUCGCCAGUAGUUUUGCUCCAGUUUCUGUAGUAGUUAAAUCCGCGCCACAUUGGACUGAAAUUCUCUGACAAUGCCUGUAAAAAAGAAAUUUAAGAAAUCCGACAAAGGCAAGACCCCCAUGACUGCCUCUGAUGAGGUCCCACAGAUCACGAAAAGAUCCAUCGUCAGGGGAAGAGCUUGUUGCCACGGUACCAGUAGUACAGUCGGUGCUGAAGACGGAAGCGGUAGUGGCGGAUCCAAGCAGCAGCAUUCCCCAGAGAACUGCUCAAUGGAUGUCCUUGAACCUCGUAACGUCUCUCCUAUGAUGAGUGGGAAUGAUUCUACAGUAGUUGGCAAAGAACCCUGCGAUUCUGUUCAUGACGAUGCCUCUGAUGUUCAUGACAGUGCGGAUGGUGGAGAGACACAGGAAGACGUCACUCAGAACACCAAACCCAAGUCAAAGACCAAGAAGCCCAGGAAUCGCAUAGUUAUCAUCUCCGAGGAAGAUCAGGACAAGAUUCGUGAGUUCUUGUUAGCCAAUGACUUCCUGUACAACAAACAAAGAGACCAAUGGAGGGAUACACAAUCCAGGGAGAGGAAAUGGGAGGAGCUGAGCGAACUUAUAGUCCGUGAUGCCAAGGAUAUCAAACAGUGGUAUCAGUCCACAAGGUCCAAGCUGAGUGAAAUCAAGAACAAGAAGGUCACUCCAUCUGGGAGUGGUUUUGAAGUAGAUGGAGUCACUGACAAGGCCAGGAGACUGUGGGAACGUUUCCAAUUUCUCCUUCCGCACAUAGGUGCAGUGAAAUCCCGAACUGUUUGCAGCAUAAAGCAGAAACGAGCAGCCAGACUUCACGUCCAACUUCAUGACCUUGAUGACGAGGGCCAGACUAACCGAGUUGUCUCCACACAAGAAGCCGAAGAGGACGUCUCUGCAGCGGAUGCUUCGUUAGAGCGACCAAAUAGUACUCCUCCUAUCUCUGCGUCUUCAGACCCUGCCACAUACACACGACCUCCACUUGUGCGUGACCCUAAGAAAGCCAAGGUAGUCGAUACAGCGCCUGAUGAGGGUAUUCAGGCUCUUGUCCGUUGUAGUCAGCAGCUAAUGUUGGUAGGAGACACUUUGGCAAAGUACCUCCGACCAGAGAGUACCGCCCAGGAGCGUCAGAGGCAACACUUUGCCGACAUGAGUGCGAACAUUCUUAGACAGCUGCCUGAGGACCUGUACAUGGAGGCAUCAAACCGCAUUUGGACUGUUCUGCAAGAUGUCCAGCGAAAAGCCCAUGCACGCAGUGACACACAAUCUCCGCCCUAACCUCAAGCUCCAGUUACAGGCAGAUCCAUGCCAUACCAGCAACCACAGUGGCAGCCUGAUCCCUCAGAGUGGACCAGCAACCCACCUCCAACCAGCGUGUGGGGUUCCAUGGGGUGCGAUUAUAUUCGCCAAACACACCCAGGUUACCUCCAGGGACAGUCACAGUCACAGGAACAGUCAGCUCCCCGACAAACCUUGCCUGAGGACAUUUUCACAGCUAGCAUGGUAACAGCUGGUAUCCCUGUCUCCUCACAGCCUGAGGAGGGCUCGGAAGACCUUUAAAUAAAUGACAACAUGAGGACAGGAAGUCCAACAGAAGUGCAGUUUUGUUUGUUUGUAGUACUUUUUAAUGUUUAAACGACUGUUUGUGUAAUUGGUGGUGUAACUGCAUUUAUGGAACACUGUUUAAUUUGCUUUUCACGUAACAAUAUAUUUGUUUCAAUUAAACUGAGGUACAGACAGUAUAAAUUUAUCUGUUUAUUUGGCCCCUGGUUUUUAUAAUAGUUCCCCAUUUAAUCACAAAUCAAUAACACAAUUGUAAAAUUUAGGUGUUUGUAUUCACCACUAUUGGUUGUCUGUGUUGAUCUAGAUUGUUUUUUCAUAACCUCAUAACAAAAUUAAUGCACGCUCGAUGACGUUUCGUUGUUCUGCUGGAAAAACGUGACUUGAAAAUAGCGUUGUAACAUACCAUAUUGUUUUAUUAUUCACUAUAAUUACUGCUAAAUUAUAAGAAAUGGAGAUUUUUUUUUUAGUUUCCAUCGAGGUAUGAAAAAACCCUAAUCACAUUUUCUAAGAAACCGCUUCGCGGUUUUCAUAGUAUGUGACCAGUUUCUUUUUCAUACCUCGAUGAAAACAUAAAGAUGUUAUCUUCAUUCCUUAAUUAAAUAAGUGUAGCUCAGGUCAAAUGAUAUUAAAAUCUAUGAACAAAAUAAAUGGCAAAUUGUGUUUUUAUUAUCAAAAUCAAGUAGCACAAAACAGUUUCAGCUGUUAACUUACAAACAAAACAGUACAAAAUUAUAAAAGAUCUCUACAAUCAAAUGUCAUUUCAGGUAUGAAUAUUGCUUAUGUCCUGUCAUCUCAUUAUAAACUGUCUUGCGGCUAGUUUACCAUUCUGUCUUGCCAAGGCACAGACCCUGCUGCACUAUUAAAGUACUUGGAUAAGUAUUCCCUCUGCUGUUUGGCGUCGGUUGCGUCACGAUUAUGGCCCCUUACUUGCUGGAUUGCAGUCAGCAUCUCAUCCGUUCUCCAGGCUCCAGGAACAAGGUUAUGCUGGUCAUCCUCUUGGUCCAGUUGAGCUUGUUGUAGGCCGGGAUACCUUAUCCUCAUUAGAUUGUGCAAGCACACACACGAUUCAACUAUGGUUGCAACAAUUUCCGGUGUUUGUUGCAUAGUUGUGAGAAGCACUCUGAAUCUGGCCGCCAGGAUGCCAAAUGCAUUUUCGACCACUCUUCUUCCUCUAGAUAGCCGGUAAUUGGUUAUGAGCUUCUCCCUUUCCAGGCCGCGUCUUCCAAAGGGCUUCAUCAAAUAGGUCCUUAACCCAAAAGCAUCGUCGCCAAGAAUGAAGUAAGGCAUAUCACGGUCAUCGUUUGGAAGAGGUUCUGGAGGUGGUAAGCCAAUGGUUCCAUCUUCUAGCAUCUCAUUGAGCUCUGAAUUGUUAUAUAUCUGGGCAUCUGACAUGUGCCCAUGACCUCCGACGUCUAUCCACAGAAACCUGUAGUUGGCAUCAACAAGAGCCAUCAGCACAAUUGAGAAAAAUCCCUUAUAGUUGUAAUAUUCAGAGCCGGAUCUGCGGGGCUUCCUCAAAGCAAUGUGUUUACCGUCAAGAGCUCCACAUGCAUGAGGAACAUUCCACCUCCUUUCAAACUCUUCAGCUAUGGGCCUCCAUUCUUCAGGUGUAUUGGGGAUAGGGAUGACCUCUUCGCUGUAUGAUUGUACUAUAGCCUCGCAGACUUCUGGGAUAAAGAGGGAAAUUGUUGUCCUAGCCACCCUGAAAUCAUAAGAGAGGGAAGGGUAUGAAUCCCCUGCUGCUAGGUGCCGUAGUGUUACCGCCAGCUUCAAUCCGGGAUCUAGGGCUUUUCUCCAGUGGGUGUCCGACUUCUGAAGUCUGGGCGUGAGGCGUUGCAGAAGCUCGUCGAACAUUUCCGGUGUCAUCCUCAUAUAGUUCUUGAAGGAGCUGGUGUCCCCUUCCCGCAACUCUGCAAGAAUGGUGCUAUACUGUCCAAAUUGAAGCCUUCUCUCCUGGGUUAACCAGGGCCUGGUCCACCAUCUCCUUUGUCUCCUUCGGCGGCGUCUAUGAACAGCUAUGGGCUGCUGAACGAGUUGAAUAGCAUGUCUGACAUUGAGAAUUGCCUGCUGCUGCAACAUGACACCAAAUUGCUGGAUGGCUCUGCCAUUCUCCAUGAUGUUAUUCGGUCAAGUACUCAACUGCAAAUGAUUCAUCGGUUCUCAUCACUUAAACUUGUUGUUUUAAUAAAAGAACCGACAGCAACCUAUAUGAAGAGAUUUGCAAGCUAUUAAUUACCGAUAUCGCCGAUCGUACAAAGAUAACCACAUAUGAAUCACCGGCCAUAUCAGAUGGAAAGUGUUUAACCACUGAUGACUAGCUAUCAAACACCGAUUAAUCAGCGGUGCGCCCGAUUUAGCUCAGAUUAGCUCCGAUUUACAAACGAUAAAAACCGAUAGUAUUUUAGCAUUUUUAUCGAUGAAAACAUCCUUAUCACCGAUCCAACACCGUUUGAGUAACUUUCGGCCACCUACCAGCAACACAUGAAACGUUUUUUAACAGAUUGGACAGUUGUCCAUCACCGAUGGCCGAUUACACAGAAAACCAGAACUAAACUCACGCAUGACAACCGAUCAAAACAGCGAGUAAAAUGACCGAUUGGGGACCGACCUUGUGUGUAACUGGGC